GACUAGGGUUUCUAUACUCGUUCGUUCUCGAGUCAGCGGCGGAUCGUGAGACAGCCGGCGAAGAUGAAGACCAUCCUUUCCUCUCAGACGAUGGAUAUCCCCGAGGGCGUCACUGUGAAGGUGAACGCUAAGAUCGUGGAGGUGGAGGGCCCGCGUGGCAAGCUCACCCGCGACUUCAAGCAUCUCAAUCUCGACUUCGAGCUCAUUGAGGGCGGGAAGAAGCUGAAGGUGGACGCUUGGUUCGGAUCUCGGAAAACUACGGCCGCCAUCCGCACCUCCUUAAGCCACAUCGAUAACCUGAUCACGGGGGUCACAAAGGGGUACCGCUACAAAAUGCGGUUGGUCUAUGCCCACUUUCCCAUCAACGCCUCCAUCACUCCCAACAACAGCUGCAUUGAGAUCAGGAACUUCCUUGGGGAGAAAAAGGUUCGUAAAGUUGAUAUGCUUGAAGAGGUUAAAAUUUUCCGGUCCGAGAAGGUCAAGGACGAGCUUGUCCUCGAGGGCAACGAUGUUGAACUCGUCUCUCGCUCCGCAGCCUUGAUCAACCAGAAAUGCCAUGUCAAGAACAAGGACAUCAGGAAAUUCUUGGAUGGCAUUUAUGUCAGUGAAAAAGGAACAAUCACCGCUGAAGAUGCAUAAUCCACUUGAUCGGUUGAUCCAGAAAUGGAAUUUCUUAGCGUCUGCUUGUUUUGGUUGUUCAUUUGUGUUAAAAAAGAGUUUUAGGGUUCCUCAUUCGUCUUAAAAGUUCAAGAUUUCUGGCUGUGGAGAACGCUUUUGUUUCUCUGUUUUUCAUAACGAAACUAUGAAGAAACCGUUUUUA